AUGUUCGACCCGGACGGGAGCCAGUCAACCAGCUUCGACUUCCUCCGCAAGCGUAAGAGGACAUCGAAGAGGUCACAGGGUGACUCCAGCGCCGCCUCCGAUCACACGUCCAUAUCGAGGUCCACUUUAACGGCUGAAUCGCAUACGGGAUCCACCAGAAGGAGCUCCUUUCGUGGAAUCUUGUCUGACCACUCAAGAGCCCGGUCUGUUACACAGUCGCAAUCGACUACGCAGAGUUUAUCGCAUAAUGAAGAUUAUUAUCUCCCCAGUCGACCAACCGUCGACAACGAGCUGUGCAAACCACUUAAUUACGUCAUUUGGGCACGGGAUCAGAUGGCAUUUGGGAACAACGAGAUCCUUGCACGACCUAAUCUGGAGCAUGAGUUCUAUCGUCAGCUCGAGAUCCUACGCAAAAAGUUGUCGGCGCGUAACUUUGGCGCAUCUUCGUCUCUAAACAUCCUCGAGUCCGUGUUGGAGCUCAUGCUCGACGUUGAGGCAGGGUUCAGGUUCCUCGGUUCCAACGCGAACCCAUUUUGCCGAUUAUCGCAGAUAUACAUCAACGGAUACACUUUCCUGAGGCCUGUGGACUUGGCGUCGUACAAUUUUACUUGUAACGACGAAGAGGCUUCGGUUACCAUACAGCAAAAAAGGAUUACAGGCAACGUGUUCGCCCACCAACAGCUACUGCAGCAUUUUGCAAGGCAAUGCGAGUACCUCCCUUCGAAGUACUCUGGCGACUAUGCAUACAAACCGUUGCCAAUAAAAUACGAUUACGUCCCAAACCUGGUGACAAAAGUGCUUCUGCAGCGGGCAAAGCGACAGCCAAUCGUCGUCAAGGCCAUUGUCGACGUCCCUGGCGUGGACCUAUCGCCUUACGAGGGUUAUGUAUUCGAAGAGCUGAAAACCGGAGAGAAGGCCUGGUUACCGAUUUAUGUGGUGGAACGAUUAUCGCAUUUUGGAUUUGUUUCAGUAGACCUCCCAACGUACUUAACGCGCAGCGCGCUGCGUGAGCUUAGGGGUCGAGAGGAGCAAAACCAGACGCUCGAGAAGCUUCCGAAUGACUAUUUCUUUGAGAUCGCCCACCUGUUCACGAGGUGGCACGUCUUCGAAAGGGUGAACGUGCCCAACCUUUCAAACAGGAACCACGUGUACUGCUACAUAUCCAAGGUGGCGGCAAUAAUAGAAGACAUUAAAUACCAGAGGAUCAAGAAGAUUAGGCUAGCGCUUGACAAAUUGUCAAUGCGUGAAUCUGUCAUCGUCAUUGCGAAUUUGCAGUAUUCCGAGACGUACUACAUCAACCAGUUCCUCUCGGCGUACUGCGACAUGCGGGAUAACCAUAGCAGAGCUGACCUCCAGCCGAAUAUACAAAUAGAAAGCUUUGUUGGGGAUCUGGAGAACAAUUUGCUCGAUUCCCUCAAUGUACCCCUGCUGUAG